GAUUGUUAAAGGCGCUGGGGGGUUGUUUUUUCCAAGGAAGACCGCCAACUUCUUUGUUUGAACAACAACCCAACUCUUCACACCGCCUUUUGUUGUAACUUCAGACGAAAUGGACAGAGGAGCAAACUGGGAACAUGGCGCCUUGACCGCAGCUAAUCCUGGAGAAACACACGUCCUUUCAACCACCAUAGGGGACACUGCCCCGGACUACAAGAGCGUCAUUGUCCCGUACCUACGAGAGAGAGUCCCAGAGUUCCGAAGGCUUGAUCGUCUUCGCCAGCAGGGUUGGGAGAACCCAGCCGGGGACAGAUUCUUCCAGGCCCAACGCUCCAAUGCCGACAACAUCGACGACCAACAGUCCUCUAAGUUUCACUUUGGCCUCAUGCAGAGAAUCGCCGCCGAGCUUCACAAUGCCACAGAUGGUUGCUUCACUACAGUUACCAAGCCUGGUGCGAUUCUGGAUGUCUGUGCCGCACCAGGUGGCUUUCUUGCCGCUGCCAUGGCCCUAAACGACCCCGACCUUCGAGUACGAGCUUGUACCCUUCCCUUCUCGCAGGGCGGUUACAAGGUUUUGUUGCCUCACGAGAAUAACGAUGCCCUCGACAUCAACUACUGUGACGUCACAAUGCUAGCAGAAGAUUUCGGCGUGAAGAUUGAAGAGAUUCCCGCUUCGCACCCCGAUCACAACAAGUUCAUGCCUCGCCAGUUCACCAUCGACGAGCAAUACGAUAUCGCAAUCUGUGACGGGCACGUCCUCCGCACCCAAGAGAGAGCAAGCUACCGAGAGAAGCGGGAGUCAAUCAGGCUGCAAAACGGUUCUUUUGUGUUGGCCUUGGAGCAUUUGCGUCCAGGGGGAACAUUCAUCGCAUUGUUACACAAGAUCGAGAUGUGGAGGAUCGCCUGCUUGUUGCAAACAAUGUCCAGGUUCUCUGACGUUCGUGUGUACAAGCCAAAGUGUGGCCACGCGAAAAGGUCUUCGUUUUACAUGAUUGCAAAAGAUGUUCAAAGUCACUCGAGCGAAGCCAAGGAGGCAAUCAAGACGUGGAAGAAUAUCUGGUAUGUGGCUACUUUUGGAACCGAUUAA